CUAUGUGAGACAAUCAAACCUUCAUCAUACCAGAAGACGGCUCAUUGAGGAACAGGACCUGUGGCGGAAAUGUGCCUGCCUGCCUCUCGUGGUUAUGUCUUGCUGCCAUUGCUUCACAAACUAUAAGUGUGUUGCAGCUAGACCAUAUUUGGACCCGUGGAGUAUGGAUGGAGGGGAGCGAAGAGAUUGAAGGUGUUGUUCCGUCGUGUUGGAUCAUGGACAAAAAUGUCCGUUGGCCCCUGGUGUCAGAUGCAAAAAAGUACAUUCUUGAAUGCCGCCAGCCUUCCCUGAAGUGGCGUUCAUUUCCUUUAGUUAAAAGGAAAUUAGAAUCUCGGUCCUUUUUGGAAUGUGAAGAGUCAGAAGAGACUACAACCCAGGAAAGGAGUGAGUCUGAGAAAGAAGAGGAGGAUGGACGUGGCAGAAGAAAGAAGCAAGUGACAUUAAAGUUCCUAGAUUUUGUUAUGGAUCCAGAUGAAGUAUCAAAUGGACAUGGCCCACAGAGUCCACGAAAGAAGGGUGGUGCGAACCGAGACAGUUUGUCUCGAUCUUCUUCUGAGAAUUCAAGAUCUAGAUCGCCUUUGGAACCACGGUCUGUGUCUGAAGAAUCCUGCUCAAGUACAAGCAGGUCAAAAAAUGACGCCAGUUCGACCCCAAUUAGAAGACCACCAAAUAACACUAAAACGCCAAAAAGCCUUGGGCAAUCCAACCAACACAAUAGCAAUUACCCAAUGCCAGAAGCUAGAUUCCAGAAGCGAGUAAUUUCAAUGCUCUCUGAAAUUAAGAGCAUGCUACAGGAAGGGGCCAGAUCACAGCCUAUUACACCAGGGCUGGAUGCACUUGAGUCGUGGUCUGGUGGCCCUUGUGAAACGGCCGAGGAGUUUGUGGAGUUAGAAAACGUACUCAAAUCUGUGGAAAAGCGACAGCAACUGAUCCGCCUAUUGUCAUCUGUUGGAGGAAAAACUCUUCGCGAAAAUGUGAAAAGAAUGAUGCAGAAGGUGAUGAAUGUCUCUCUCAUGUCGAAGUUCAACCUCAGUGGACAGACAAGGCCGAAUUUAGAACCAAAAAUUGGAGUAAAGCACACUGCCGUGUAUACUGUCAUAAAAGCUAGUGUUAGCCAAAGUAUUGGCCACACUGAAAAAGACUUAGAGGAUGUCAUCUCAAAAAUCUUGAAGUAUGCGCCUGAUAGAAAAGGCGGAGUGGGCCGAAGGCUGGAAAAAACAUCACCUUAAUGUGAAGUCAACAGACUCUGGACCAUCUUAAACAGAUAAAAUAGCAAUAUGUGCUAGGUAAAAGAAUUUAUCAGAACAUUUCAGAAUUGUGAUGCUUCUAUUUUUAUCGGUCUGUCACUCUGUCUAUGAACGCUACUCAUUAGUUUGCUCUUUUGAGACAUUUUUUAUCAAGAAUUUCAUGAAAUGUUGUAAUAGUAAAAGAUCAAAAUAAUAAUUUGAUUUAUUCAAACUAUGUUAAUCUUCUGUUAAUUGUCAAUUUGUUUAUUGACAACAGAUACUUUGUUUAAUAUUAAAAACAUUUCAGCGCGUUAUAGAAGCUGUGCGAAUUUAUAAUAUUUGGAUAAUUCAUGCACACAUUGUUGGAAAAAACAAUUUAAAUAAAGUGAAAUUUAGAUGGUUAUCUUUAUUAGAAUGGAGAUAGUUUGUUAAUAAACAUUAUUAUGUAUAAUAUUGUUAAACGAUUAAAAAAGGACUCUCGUUAUUAGUAUGAUAUUGUUAAACGAUUAGAAAAGGACUCGCGUUAUUAAACAUUAUUAUGUAUAAUAUUGUUAAACGAUAAGAAAAGGACUCUCGUUAUUAGUAUAUUGUUAAACGAUUAGAAAAGGACUCUCUUUAUUAAACAUUAUUAUGUAUAAUAUUGUUAAACGAUUAGAAAAGGACUCUCGUUAUUUAACAUUAUUAUGUAUAAUAUUAAUUACUCUACAAGUAAUUUUGUUUCCAAAUGAUUGUUUUCAUGAUUAAUGAUCCUAGUUAGGGUUGUAGAUUGUUCUUGUUGGAUUAUAUACUGACAUGCUCAUCAUUUGUGUUUACAUUUGCAUUUUAGCAUUAAAAGUUUAUUAUGCUUUAUAUAUUUGUAUGUAGCCAUAUUGAUGACCAGCUUUUCAUCUAAUGUAAUAAGUAAGUAACCUAACAAAGAUAUCUGUGUAUGCUAUAAAUAGGUGUAUUUUGUCAUUUUUAUAUAGAUCAACAGCAAAGCAUAUAUUAUAAUGAUAUACAUCUUUUACAUGUUAAGCAAUAGAGAAAAUGAAUUGCUAUGGAUGAAUGCGCAUUAUACUUAUAGAUAAUACAGACCUGCAUAAUAUCGGAUUAUGAACAUAAAAAUAUACAAUUAGCAAUCGAAAUACAUUGUUUAAUUUCAUGCUUUUCAGUUCAUCAAAUGUUUAUUUAUGAACAUAAAAAUAUACGUUAAGCAAAAGAAAUACUUUGUUUAAUUUCAUGCUUUUCAGUUAAUAAAAUUAGGCAAUAACUAUCUCGUGGAAAUUAGUGAAUAACAUUUCAAGGGAGAAUAUUGUGACAUGAUAAAUAGGAGUUGUCUCUCUUGUUUGAGUAUUAAUGUACCUCUAAACAAGUAAAUUCAUACAUUAUUUCAAAUUAAUCCUCACUAUAAACUCAUAUUUUGGUCAUAUAUGGAAUAAUGAAAUAUUGUUUGCGUAAUUGUUUAUUUUUAUGUAUUAUACCAAAGCCAUCUGUAAUGACAUUUAUUAAAAUAUUAAUAUUUGAAUGGCCAUACAGUGCUAAAAGUUUGGUAUUCUGACUAUUUUAAGUGCAUGUUCUGCACAAAAUAUCAGAUUCUGUAUUAAAACACUGUUGUAAUACUUAAUUAUUUUAUAUUUGACAAGUAUUGACUUGUUUUUGCUUGUAACAGUUGUCCAGUGUUGAACUAUAGCUGUUAAUAAUAAUAACAAUUAUUGUGACAAUUUUCCAGUUUUGAAUUAUUGCUUUCAGUUGAUUGUUUACCAGUUAUGUAACAGCUGUUUUCAUGUUAACCGCUCCACUUUACGUGUUGGUGAAGCGCAUUAACGGCCCCCAGUUUCCAUAAAACUCCAAAUUCAGCUAAUGUCUUAAGACUGGAUGUGGUUGUUUAUAUUCAAUUUUGUUAUGCAUGAAACAUGUCAGUUUUGUUGUUACUCUUGAACAGAAGUUUUUAUAGGACCAAAUUGUGUCAUAUUUCAAAUUAAUGAUAUUAUUAUGCCCCCCUUCGAAGAAGAGGGGGUAUAUUGUUUUGCACAUGGCGGUCGGUCCGUCGGUCGGUCCGUCCACCAGAUGGUUUCCGGAUGAUAACUCAAGAACGCUUAGGCCUAGGAUCAUGAAACUUCAUAGGUACAUUGAUCAUGACUAGCAUCCCCUAUUGAGUUUCAGGUCACUAGGUCAAAGGUCAAGGUCACAGUAACUCAAAAUAGCAAAAUGGUUUCCUGAUGAUAACUCAAGAAUGCUUACGCCUAGGAUCAUGAAACUUCAUAGGUACAUUGAUCAUGACUGGCAAAUGAACCCUAUUGAUUUUCAGAUCACUAAGUCAAAGGUCAAGGUCACAGUGACUUGAAACAGUAAAAUGGUUUCCUGAUGAUAACUCAAGAAUAAUAAGGCCUAGGAUCAUGAAACUUCAUAGGUACAUUGAUCAUGACUGGCAGAUGACCCCUUUUCAUUUUCAGGUCAAAGGUCAAAUUGUCAGAUUUUAAAAUUACUCGGUACAUUUGUUCACAAUCAUUGGACAGUGUGUCAUGCGAAAAAAUUAAGUCGAUAUCUCCAAGGUAAAGGUCACACUUGGAGUUCAAGUCAAAAAUGGCCAUUAAUGAGCUUGUCUGGGCCAUAACUUUGUCAUUCAUUGUGAGAUUUUUAAAUGACUGUACAUUAAUUUUGUUCACAGUCAUUGGACGGCGUGUAAAGCGAAAGAGUUCAAAGGUCAAAAUGGCCAUAAAUGAUAUUGGCAUAAUCAUUAUUAAAAAUCGCCAUAAAUUAGCUUCUCUUGUUUUGUGAAGACAGCAUGCAAAAUAUUCUGUGUUAAUGCAGCAUGUGGGAGUAUAUGUCACGUCUGUGACAAUGCUCUAGUUGGAAAUAUACUUCUUUGGAAACCUGGUUUUGUGACAAUUUUGACCCUUGUUAUGCUAUUAAAGGCAAAUAAAAUUGCAUGUAAAUAUGCAG